AUGGCGGAGCUGUGGCCGAAAUGCUCCGACGGGACGCUGAUGGAGCCGCUUGACAUGCUGCUGUCGCUGUUUCCGCGGCGAGGAGCUGAGAACUGGACAUCAGAGACUUGUUUUGUGAUGGUACCGUCUCCCGUGCCAAAUUUCGUCAAAUCGUCGGGAUUGUACGACAGCCUAGUUGCGUAUUUUUCGUCCAGUCUGGCCGACGAGAUCUUGGAUAGCGUGCGCACGUUGGUGCUUCUUUCUCUCAUGAUCACCGUUGCCAUGGUUUUGUCUUUCUGUGUGUGCAACCGGUUGAGUUCAAAUUUUAGGAAUGUUGCUCCGGCUCAUAAGAAGUGGUACGUCAUUGCCAAGCUGUUCAAGGUGGCUCUUCUAGGAAUUUUAUGCAUCUCGAAGAAAUACUGGGCAGCAGUCUAUCGCACCUAUUACUUCGAUCAGUUCCUUGCGAUUCCUCUCAAACGUACGAUGGCUAUCUAUGCUGUCAGUGAUGUUGUUGCUCUCUGGAUGGUUCCGAAGUUGCCAACAAGCAGAAUCAUACAUCACGUGACCUCGACUGUAUUGUUUUUCCUUGCGUGUGGGAACGAUAUGACCGUUCAAGGAUGGACGGGCAAUCUGGGAGUUGCCAAGAUGAUUGUCGUCUAUGGCAAUUUCAUUACAGUGGCGUAUCUGGUCAAUGCCUAUUUGGCUUUACGAGUUCUCUAUCCGCCAAACUCUCGAAUGAUGAACUUACUGUGUCUGAUGGCUUUCUGUUCAUACGUGCUGUGUUGCACAGGCAACUGGGGGGUCCACCUGAUUUGGUUUCUGCACGGGCUCAAAACACUGUCAUUCAGCGUAGCUGCAUUGCCCUAUCUCGUUGCUGUUCGCUUUCUUGCUAGUGGUGAUAUUGUGCUGCUACAAUGGCUGUGGGAACGAAGUUCGCCUGCAGCCAAAAACCAAAAUAAAGACAAGAAGACAACUACAGAGUGA